AUGGAGCCCCAGGAAACUUUUCAAGUCAAGCAUAUUUCGCCAUUUACAGUCAUGGAAGAGUUGAGCGAUGCCGACUUUACCUCUGUGCCGUUGGAUGAACCAGGCUUUUUUGAGGCCGCAACAAAUGAGCAGGGCGAACAUGUAUCCCGACACGGCUCAAUCAAUUGGUCUGAUUUUGAUGGAUUUCUUGACCUCAAAGGAUCAUACGAGUUUCCAGUAAUGUCGGAAGCUGUCAGAAAUAACCGGCCUUCGCUUCGAGUCAUCAAUGUACCUCUGGGAAAGUCUUGGGACAAAAUGAACAUGACCAGAGAUGAUUGGGACCGCCUGCAGUCAAAAUUUGAGCUUCACGAGUCGACAGUCUACACCAUUGUCGAUUUGACGGGCGCUUUCGCCACCUACUUUUAUAGGGCAGCCGACAGCUCUCGUUCUGUUGAGCGCAUCAAAAUUGUCAUUAAAGUUGCAAACAAGAUCACGAUUGGGUACGAGGCCCUAUCGCUGGCGUUUGACCUCAAGACAUUGGCCACUAGAGUAUUGCUCCACGGUGCCAUGCCGCCGCAAUGGAAGGAUAUUGUCCGACUCUUGUACAAUUCUCUUCACUUGUGCCCUCAUCCACUGUUGCUGCCCGUGUUGGUGUUUGCAAGUCACCGCAGGAACAUGGAGCGUUACCGAACCCACAUUGACAAGUCCAUCCUGGCGCUGGAACAAGAGACGGGCUUUGGCGCGUCUGGAUUCUUAGUCACGGCCUCCAAUGCAACCUCGGGCCGGCAGGACUUUCACAUUGAGUCGGCCCUGGUGCGGCUCCAGUCUCAGCAGACGGAGCUGGCUACCGUCAUCAACAUUUCGCGGUACAGUGAAAGUUUGGCCAGCUUCCUCAUCGAUGCAAAUAUUCAACUGAGCGCAGCUCUGGGUUGGCAAGACCAUGCAUCCGUCAUGAAGGCCGAGGACGGGGUUUUGCACAUGCUUGUCUUGGCACAAAGUCAAGCAAAGACUUCUACGAGUGUGAUACAGUCUCUCAAGGAACGGGUGCAAAGUCAGACAAAUCUGAUCUUUAGCUUGAUAUCGUCUGAAGAAAAUAGAAUCAGCCGUCGCGUGGCCGAGGAGAGCGCCAAGGUUGCCAUCUCGAGCAAGCGGGAUAGCAUGGCCAUGAAGACAGUGGCGGUCCUCACCAUGAUAUUCUUGCCUGGGACAUUUGUAGCAGCGUUUCUGAGCAUGCCGCUUUUCGAGUGGAAUGCCGACACUGGAGCAUAUCCUUCCUCUACUCCCUUUCAAUGGGUAUACUGGGCCAUAACUCUACCGCUAACAAUUUUACUCAUGGCCGGCUGGCGGGCUUGGUGGGCGAUUGAGGAGAAGUCGUGGCGAUUGGAGCUCAAACAAGCCGAGGCGCAAAAUCGACAGAGAUUAUCGGCGCGACCAAACACGGGGCGUACAAGCGCACUGGCGCCUAGGCUGUCUGAUGUAUCGGACAUAUCUAUGGAAUCGCGAUUGGUACGAUGGCAAGAUCUGCGCCUGCGCAAUCUCAUAGCUCGAGGCCGUUGA